AAGCACAUGAGGUUUCUCUAAAGGUGUAAAGAAUUUACUAACAUUCACAUUUCUGAUAAUCAUGCUAGAUGAUAGGCAUGUUUGAUUAUUGCGUUCUAAAAUUUUUCAAUGAGUUUGGCCAUGAACAAGGCGCAUUGCUUGAACUAAGUAGGUCACUUAAGGUUGAGAAGAAGAUCUCCUAUGUCAUAUUGUUGAGAAGGUGGCAAGAGGACAACAAAUCUAAAACAGAUGUAAGCUCACUUGCCAAAAAGGGGGCUAUUGUAGCCAACAACAAAAUUGCGAGUGGGAUGUUUAGAGGACAAAAGAUGGGAAGGAGAAAGAAGGUGUAGAUCAAUAGAUGAGGAAGAAGAUCGAUGUGUUUGUUCAUAGAAUAGAUAAUGGAUUUUGCAUGGGAUCUUUAUGGGCUUUUGUUUUAUAAUUAAUUCUAUAAAAGGCUUUGUGUUUG